AUGACGCAAUGUUGUGCUGGUAAAACCAAGGAAUGUUCACUGUUUCCCCUGGGCAAAGCCCCAGCCGGGCUAGGAAAACCACGGAAACCUGGCAAAGCAACAAAGAAAACAACAAGCUCCCACCAAGAGUCCGGUACUUCAUCUGGAAGCAGUUCAUCACAGAAAGAGGAUAAUAUUGAUGCCAAGGGCAACAGGCACACCAAGACCUCAAACACGAGUGACAAGUCCGACAGCAAAAAGAAAUCCUCUGAAGCUAAAAUUGUUAUUAAGAAGUCCGAUGGAUCAACAAUCAAUAAAUCAUCCAAGGACGCCAGUGAAUCCGACAACAAAGCAAGCUCAUCCGAUGUUCGCGAGAAAAUCACAAAAGCCGACGGAUCCUCCAGUGAUAGGUCACAAAAAAAAGCCUCUAAGUCCUCCCACAAAGCCGCUUCAAGCAACAACCAAUCGAAGCAAGUAAACAAAGACGGAUCCUCCAAAACGGCCUCAGACAAAUCUGCUUCAGUUGAAAGCAACCAGGCUGCUUCCAAAGACACACAAUGGACAGAGAAAAACAAAGACGGAUCCUACAAAAAGGCCUCUGACAAAUCUGCUUCAGUUAAAAGCAAGAAGGCUGCUUCCAAAGACACACAAUGGACAGAGAUAAACAAAGACGGAUCCUCCAAAACGGCCUCAGACAAAUCUGCUUCAGUGGAAAGCAAGUCGGCUGCUUCCAAAGACAUACAACGGACAGAGAUAAACAAAGACGGAUCCUACAAAAAGGCCUCUGACAAAUCUGCUUCAGUUAAAAGCAAGAAGGCUGCUUCCAAAGACACACAAUGGACAGAGAUAAACAAAGACGGAUCCUCCAAAACGGCCUCAGACAAAUCUGCUUCAGUUGAAAGCAACCAGGCUGCUUCCAAAGACACACAAUGGACAGAGAAAAACAAAGACGGAUCCUACAAAAAGGCCUCUGACAAAUCUGCUUCAGUUAAAAGCAAGAAGGCUGCUUCCAAAGACACACAAUGGACAGAGAUAAACAAAGACGGAUCCUCCAAAACGGCCUCAGACAAAUCUGCUUCAGUUGAAAGCAAGUCGGCUGCUUCCAAAGACAUACAACGGACAGAGAUAAACAAAGACGGAUCCUACAAAAAGGCCUCUGACAAAUCUGCUUCAGUUAAAAGCAAGAAGGCUGCUUCCAAAGACACACAAUGGACAGAGAUAAACAAAGACGGAUCCUCCAAAACGGCCUCAGACAAAUCUGCUUCAGUUGAAAGCAAGUCGGCUGCUUCCAAAGACAUACAACGGACAGAGAUAAACAAAGACGGAUCCUACAAAAAGGCCUCUGACAAAUCUGCUUCAGUUGAAAGCAAGAAGGCUGCUUCCAAAGACACACAAUGGACAAAGAUAAACAAAGACGGAUCCUACAAAAAGGCCUCAGAAAAAUUUGCUUCAGUCGAAAGCAACAAGGCUGCUUCCACAGACAUACAACGGACAGAGAAAAACAAAGACGGAUCCUCCAAAACGGCCUCACAAAAAUCUGCUUCAGUCGAAAGCAACAAGGCUGCUUCCACAGACAUACAACGGAAAGAGAAAAACAAAGACGGAUCCUCCGAAACGGCCUCAGAAAAAUCUGCUUCAGUCGAAAGCAACAAGGCUGCUUCCACAGACAUACAACGGACAGAGAAAAACAAAGACGGAUCCUCCAAAACAGCCUCACAAAAAUCUGCUUCAGUCGAAAGAAACAAGGCUGCUUCCACAGACAUACAACGGACAGAGAAAAACAAAGACGGAUCCUCCAAAACGGCCUCACAAAAAUCUGCUUCAGUCGAAAGCAACAAGGCUGCUUCCACAGACAUACAACGGAAAGAGAAAAACAAAGACGGAUCCUCCGAAACGGCCUCAGAAAAAUCUGCUUCAGUCGAAAGCAACAAGGCUGCUUCCACAGACAUACAACGGACAGAGAAAAACAAAGACGGAUCCUCCAAAACGGCCUCAGACAAAUCUGCUUCAGUCGAAAGCAACAGAGCUGAUUCCAGAAACACAAAAUUGAAAAAAGAGAACAGGGACGGAUCCACUGUGGAGGCAUCUGAAGAAGAUGCCUCGAUAGACAAAAGCAAGGCUGCUUCCAAAGACAUAAAAUUGAAAAAAGUGAACAGUGACGGAUCCAGUGUGGAGACAUCUCAACGAGGUGCCUCUAAUGAAAAGAUUAAGGCUGCUUCCAGCAAAACGCAAUAUAAAGUUGUAGCCGCCGAUGGAUCCGUGAGGACUGCAAGUGAAGAUAAUGCCUCUGUGUCCAAAGAAGCCAAUGCUAGCUCAGACAUAAACUCGCGCACUGUUGACGCCGAUGGCAACACCAUCAUUAGCAGCAGCAACGCAGCCUCGUCCUCCAGUUCCAGCGGUUCCUCCUCAUCUUCUAACGUUGAGGAGGUACUUUCUGAUGACGAUUGUUAA